GUGGGCUUUGAGAAUUCUGUGAUUGAUAUUAAUGGUCCUAUUAGGGUUAACAGGAUGAGAGUGUUUCACCUGCUGGUGUUACUCCUGACCAUUCUACUAUGGGAGGAAGAAGUGUCCUGUGGCCAGAGUUACUACUACUUCAACCCUUACUACCAAACCUACCGUAAAAAGUACAUGGCCAGGAUGAGAGGGUACCGUCCACGCAGGUUUAAGAACUACCAGCGCGACCCUGGUACUACCUCCAAAGGUGAAUUUUGGACGACACACCCCAACAUGUGCCGGGUAAAAGAGGUUUUCGGGACUGGCCAGCGGUUCUACGAGGGCAAGGUACCCCAGCGCAGGGUGUGCGACCGACCAACGUUUAUCCGAUACCAGUGUUGCCCAGGUUACAAUAGGGUAAAGGGAGAAAAAGGAUGUCCAGCUGUGUUGCCCCUAAAGAACUUGAAGAAGACAACCCUUCAGCUACUCCAGCAGAAAUUCCCUGAUUUGCUGACCAAUACUGAGCUGGAGGGAAACCUUCUCUACCAAGGAGCCUUUACCGUAUUUGUCCCAGUAGACACGGCGUUUAAAAACCUCACCUACGAUGAUAGACAGAGGCUCCACCCCUGGACGUAUCACGCACCGUCCCUCCUCCAUUAUCACGUCGUCACUGGUCGCUAUAACUACACCACCUUCAAGAAACAGGAGGAGAUACCGACGCUGUAUUACGCAGAGAAGAAACUCCGCAUAAACAAGUAUCCUAGUGGGGUUUCUACGGUUAAUUGCGCUCGGAUCAUGGUGCCCAAUCAGAUGGCCAGUAAUGGAAUCGUUCACGUGAUCGACAGGUUGAUUCGGCCGCUGGACUUCAAAGGAAGCAUCGCUGAUGUCAUCUUGCGGGAUCCGCGUCUGACCCGGUUUUCCCAGAUGCUGUACAAAGCGAACCUUAUGGACACGCUGCAAAAUGUCAAACACUUCACACUGUUUAUCCCCGAGGACAAAGCCUUCCGACGUCUGUCCUCCGGACUCAACUUAAAGAUCAAGAAUGACAGGAAAGUGGCAGAAGCCAUUGCUAAAUACCACAUUGUAAAGGACACCUACUGUGCUGCCUCGACAGUGGUGUCUGCCCAGUUGAUUUCCAUGGAGGGAGGAUUUCUGGCCUUCAUUUGUAAGUUCAAUGGUAACUACGUCAACGAUGCCAAACUUGUAGAGGAGGACAUCGUCGCCUCGAACGGGGUCGUCCAUGUCAUCAACAAAGUCCUUCUACCGAAUACAGUAAAAGAUAUGGUACAAGUGGCCCAUGAGCUGGACCUUACACGCCUGACUGAACUUAUCCAUCGGUCUGGGCUGGCCGACUGGGUACAGAGUAGACCAGAGUAUACCUUGUUUGCUCCUAACGAUGCAGCUUUCGAAGCUCUGUCCCCCAUUUACAAGGAGGCACUACAAGAACAACCAGGGUUGGUGGAACAAAUGAUCAAGUACCACUCUCUAGAGGGGAGGAUGAAGACAGAUUCCAUGGUUGGGGAACAGACACUCAGGACUGGUAUAGAUGCCAGACUCAAGGUCGGCGUGUACCACAAUGGAAUUACAAUAGACAGUGCCCACAUAGUAGACAGUGACAAGGAGAGCUCAAAUGGGCUCAUACACGUCAUAGACAAAGUGCUCAUCCCUCCGGAGCUUAAUCUGCUGGACCUCAUCAAGUCAGACCCGGAGCUUGAGGUUUUCGCAAAUUCCAUAGAGAAAGCGGGGCUGGAGGAUCUGUUCCGACAGACCCCAAACAAACAGCUGACUGUGAUAGCCCCGACGACCGACGCAUUUUAUAGGAUGCCGACCUACAUGAGGGAGGAUUAUAUGAAGGACAAAGAAAAACUUAAACGGCUGAUUGCCCGUCACCUGAUUGACCGCGUGGUGGUCUCCAGUGGCCUUGACAUGUCCACGACAUACUCAUUGAUGUCACGACAGCAAGAAGCUGUCGACUUAAAGCUGGAGCCUUCGGGCACACUUUGGAUCAAUAAGUAUGCCAAAGUCCAGGCCAGAGAUCACCUCGCUCUAAACGGGGUCAUUUUUAAGACUGAUCGCGUUCUACACUGUCUGUGCAAGGAAAUCACGUGACGAGUGACCAAUGGAUGAACCAUCCUGAUGCGGAGUGAACUGAAGCUGACAACUUGAUAAUGUAGGCUUCAACUGUAGCAAGCUUGAUGGCAGGGAUUGAGCUGUUGCCACAGUGAAUGUGAAGGUCAAAUAAUUCUAAUGGAUGUAAAAUUUCUAACUGAUGACAGGGUUAGUGCUAACAUUGUAGCGAAGUGCCUUUGAUAUUACGGUUGGGCACUGCCAGUGAAUAUGUCAUUAAAUACUCAAAGCAGAAUUGAUACUGACUAGCAUCUGCUAUCUGGAAAAAGGUGUUUUUCAGUAAAAACUCAAAAACUGCCUUUCUGUAUGCAUCAGUGUUGUACUUUGAUAAUUCUCAGGUGACAAUUGACCUGUUUUAAUGGCUGAAAACCAAAGGUAGUCUUGUAGUAUGUGUGCAUGGUUACGGUAACUAAAGAAAACAAUGGAUAUCAAUUUCUCUGUGUACAUCAAUGUGUAUUUUCUUCCAAUGCCGAUCAGCAUGAAUGAAGGAUGGCGUAACUGUGAUUGUUCAUGCUUAACUAAACAAUUUCAAGGGAGAAAAUUACAAAGUGAAUAAAAGUGAAGGGAAAUAACUCUUACAAGCAGCAUGGAUGGGAAGUAACUCCAUCCUAAUAGCAGGGAGAUAAUCUGACUAUAAGCAUCAUGUAAGGGAGAUAAUUCUGAAUUACAUCGGUGAUGAGCAGCACCAGAAAAGGGAGAUAACACAUCAUGGUGAGCUAAUCCUGGACAAUGUUUGUGGUGAAUGUUUAGUUUGUAAGGGACCAACAUCAUUUUAUUAAUACCAUCAACAUAUAUAUCUACAGCCAGUAAAUAACAUUCAUGACUUGUGUAUUCUUUGUUUUAAAAAACAAAUGUGACUAGUGACUAGUGAAUUAUCUGCACGUGUAUAUAUUAUUUCAUACGCUCGUCAUACCAUUACGGUAAUAUGGAAAAGGGAGGAGAGUAUUUAAAAGAUUACUUAUAAAGUAUUGGUGAACCAAAUUUACAUAUACACAGGAUUUUACGGUUAAUAGAAAAUCUCGGGGCCAAGGAGAUUCAGUAUUGUAUUACUGAAAACAGAACCUGUUGGCAGAAGAAGUGGAAAUAUUUUGGACUUCUGCUGUUCUUUCAGGCUACUUUAACUGAACUUAGUGCCAAUGUUUUGGGAAGAUUCAAAUUUCCUGGGUCAGAAAUAAAAUCACGAUAAAAAUAGAUCAGUCAUGUAGACCCCAUGGGCAUCUUCUAAGGUUUAGUAACACCAAACUAUCAUUGAAUAUGUUAUUCCUCAAAUAGUAAUAGUUAUCCAUCUCUUUUCUACUUAUCAAAUAUUUAUUUUACUAGACGAAUGUUAAUGCUACUUGUGUUUCUAAUUAAAAAUGACUAGUAUGGGACCCUGUACUGUAUGUCCUGUUUUAUUGUCAGUUUCAUGAGGGUUUAGGCCAGUAAACGAGAGUAAGACAGAGUGUUUUAAGUGCGUGACAGAGGUGUUUACGUACCGUAUAUGUAGUAACACGGUAGCCAGCACGUUAUUUAGUCCCUAACAGUUUUGUGAUGUAGUGCUUUUUGAUUUUGUUGUCACCUCCAUAUGUUUCCAUGACAAUUAUAUAUUGAUUCAUUAUUGUACAUAAAACAACA